AUGAAAGCAGUUGCGCAGGCAUCGUUGGAGCAGGUCGUAGCAGAGCUUGAAGGCGAACGCCGUACGUUGGACGUACUGCGUGAUUAUGCGCGGCAUGUUGAUCAGGAACAGCGCGUCAUUUCCAUGCAGUUAAGCCAGGUAUACAGCUUGCCUUUGUCCGAUUUGCCGCGGCAUACAAUGCAGGUCGCGCUUGCGUUUGGAGACCUGCGCGCGGCGCUGCACACAUUGGCAGAACAUAUUCCACCGCAUGAGUAUUACAAGACCGUGCCGCAGCUAUUCUUGGACGUGCAAGACUAUUUGCACGGGGUGAUUAGCGUGUUUGGCGAGCUUCCGCGCCUUGCUAUGAAUGCAGUCACUUCCGGCAAUUUUGACGAGCCUGUGCGCAUUUCUGUAUUUGCAAAGCAGCUCUACUCGGCGUUCCAAGUACUGAACCUGAAAAACGAUGUUUUGCGCAAGCGGUUUGACGGACUGAAGUACGACAUGAAACGCAUUGAAGAGGUUAUAUAUGAUAUCCAGCUGCGUGGGCUCAUUCAGAACGCUCGAUCUACGGAAGACUCGGAUACAAAUGCUAUUGCGCCCGAUGCAUUACUCGCCCAGAUGCAAGGGCAAAAGUAG